UUCAUGGGGGUCCGGAAGAAACCAACAAAUCUGAAUGGGCCUUCUUCGUCAUAGAAAUAUAGGCUAAAAAGUUAUCCGAGGCUAAAACGAUUCUAUCCUUUCAUCAAUCACAAGAACUUCUUUCUCUUCAUCUUUCCUUCUUUCAAAUACACAAGAAAUUUCUCAAAGUCUAACGCCAACCCAAUCACAACAAGACACAAGGAACUGUGAAAUCUUCGAGAUGGGUGUUGCUGGGCAAGCAAUUCCCAUGCUUCAAUUCACUCCCUUUUGUUCUUUCGAUUUGUCUCCCAAGAAAUCCAAUGAUUCGAGGCUGAUUAUGAGCUGGGGUUGUGCUAUUCAUGCUAAUAAUCCCAAGAUUUCUAUUACUUCCACUAGACAUCCAAGAAAUUCUGCCUUGUUUUGUCGUUGUAGUGCAAAUGGCGGUACUGGCGAGAGUAAUAGCAACUUGUCUUCUUCUUCUUCUUCUUUGGAGUGGGAUUGGGUUAGGUGGAACCGGUAUUUCUCUGAAAUCGAACAGGCUGAAAACUUUGCCUCUGUUCUAAAGUUUCAACUUGAAGAGGCUGUUGAGAAAGAAGACUUUGAAGAAGCUGCAAAAUUAAAACUGGCUAUUGCUGAAACUGCACAAAAGGACAGUGUUGCGGAAAUUAUGCAUCAGUUGAAGAGUGCAAUAGAGGAGGAGCGAUACCAAGAUGCCUCGAUGUUGUGUAAAUGCACAGGAAGUGGAUUGGUGGGAUGGUGGGUGGGGUACUCUCAAGAUUCAGAUGAUCCCUUUGGCAGAUUAAUACGUAUAACUCCUGGAGUUGGCAGAUUUAUUGGUAGGGGUUACAGUCCAAGACAGUUGGUUACGGCAUCCCCAGGAACUCCACUGUUUGAGAUUUUUAUUGUCAAAGAUGAUGAAGAGAGAUAUGUCAUGCAGGUAGUGUACAUGCAACGAUCCAAAGGAAAUUCUAAAAUCUCAACAAGUCCACCAUCAGAGCCUUCAAGUAGCCCGUCCACAUCUGGAGUCAAGAAUCAAACUGCUGUAGACAUUCCAGAGAAUGUGGUCACGAAGGAGGAAAGUGAGGAAAAGGGUGUUACUAUGGAAGAAGCUACUGAAGAGGGAAUAAAGGGGGUGAUAAAUUUUUUGAAAGAUAAAAUUCCGGGAUUGAAAGUUAAAGUAAUGAAUACCAAUGUUCCCGAGGAAGUCAUUGAGGAUGCUAACUCUGUCAAGCAAUUGAUGCAAGAAGAUAGUGAGAAGACGGGGACUAGUGGGAAUUCUGAGGAUGAAAUGGAUAGGAUAGAUGAGAUUCAGCCUGAGGCAGUUUCAUUAGGUGAGAAUAGUGAUGCUAGUGAUGAUGAAAAGGAUUUAGAUGUGAAGCUUUAUAUUGGAGGGGUUGUACAUAACAGUGAAGAGACUCCUACAAAGGAUGAGUUUGUACGCCAUCCAGCUUUUAUUCAGAAUAUGGAUAGGGAUUCUUUUGUGCUGCAUAUUCCCGAGAGAAGCCUAGAUCUUGACACUGCAGAAAAUAAAGUCUCAAAGGUCAAAGUGGCAGCUUUAGCGGCCCAAGGUGUUUCCGAGCUUAUGCCAGCUGAUGUCGCCAAAGUAUUUUGGGGUGUUGAUAAGGUUUCUCCGAAGAUUUCAAGGAAUGUUCGAGAGAUAGUCAAAAGGGCAGUCAGUCAAGCACAGAAGCGGAGUAAACUAUCUGAAUAUACUACCUUCAAUCGGAUUACUACAGCGAGUGGAGACCUAGAUCCAUUUGAUGGUCUCUAUGUUGGUGCAUUUGGCCCUUAUGGCACUGAGGUGGUGCAGUUGAGACGAAAAUUUGGACACUGGAAUGAUUUGGAUAACAAGGAGAACACUACAGAUAUAGAGUUCUUUGAGUAUGUAGAGGCAGUAAAGCUGACUGGUGACCUUAAUCUUCCGGCUGGCCAGGUCACUUUUCGGGCUAAAAUUGGGAGAGGAAACCGCAAUGCCAACCGUGGAAUGUAUCCAGAUGAACUGGGAGUGGUUGCAAGUUACAAAGGUCAAGGUAGAAUAGCUGAAUUUGGGUUCCGAAAUCCCCAAUGGGUUGAUGGAGAACUUCUCCAAUUAAAUGGCAGGGGUAUUGGGCCAUAUGUCAAAGGUGCAGAUCUCGGGUUUCUCUAUGUAGUUCCUGAGCACAGUUUCCUUGUACUCUUCAACCGUUUGAAGUUACCCGAAUGAUAGAUGCUCGAUUCUUGCCUCACAUUUUGGUUCAAUCCUUUUUGAAUCUGAUGAGUGACAUUGCCUGGCUUCACAACAGGAAGAAAGUUCUAAUCUCUGUAACGAAAGGUUCAAGCAACGAAGACUCUUCCAGCUACGUAUUUCCCAUUACAUUUCCUCUUUCAGGCAAAAUUUUGGUCUUUAAUAUAGUUCAAGAUAUCUUCUACUUCCUUUUCCCCUGAGGUAUAUAUCAAAUUUUGAUGAUUCGACAUAUAAUAGUGUGUGAUUCUGGAAGAGUAUCUGUGAGCACCCUGUUGUUUGCAUGUGAAAAUAUUUAACAUCUACUCAAUAAUAUGUGAAACAUAGGCCAUGACCUUUUAUAGUACCACCUAACCUGAAUAUUCAAUGAAGCUUUGAAACUAUGGCUGAUUA